UUUUUAUCUAAUGAACAGGAAUGCAUAAUAUUAAAGAUCUUCAAAAAAUAAUGAAGCAAUAGUUUUAAAUGAUGAUGAUGAGGAUGAUGAACCUAAAAUGUAGAUAUGUAUUAAUAUAAUUUAAGUUCCAAGAAAAUAAAAAAUGAUGAAGAUGAUUGUGUAAUAAAAGUAGAUGUAAUUCCAUGGAUGAGUAAGAAAACCAUGAUGAUAAAAAAUCCAGUAUUGAGAUUACAUAAUGAAAUGAUUGAGUUUUUUAAUUAUAUCUCUCCUUCUGAUUAAGAACAUAAACGAAGAAUUACAGCUUAUAUGAGAGUAGAGAAAUAUUUACAAGAUUUGGCUCCAGAAGCUUAGAUUGAAUCAUUUGGUAGUUUCAAAACUAAAAUGUAUUUGCCAAAUGCAGAUAUUGAUAUGGUAAUGAUAGAAACAUCUUGCUCAUAAAAAUAAUUAUAUAAAAAGGUUGCUGCUAAAAUGAUGAAAUAAACUAAUAAAUUUGAAAAUGUUAAUCUAAUUGCAAAUGCUAAAGUUCCUAUUAUUAAGUUUGUAGAAGUUGAAUCUUAAUAUCAUUUUGAUUUAUCAUUCAAUUAAUUAGAUGGAUUAAAAUAAAUUGAAGAAUUAGAAAAGGCUUUUGAGAUUUAUCCAGAAUUAAAAUUUUUAUUGAUGACCUUAAAAUGUAUUUUAAAAUAAAGAGAUUUAAAUGAAACCUAUAGUGGAGGUGUUGGGUCAUUCCUAUUAUUUUAAAUGAUACUAGCUUUUCUUAGAGAAUAUCGUAAAGAUUUCUUCUAACAUAAUAAAUAAGAUUAAAUUAAGAAUAUCACUUUAGGAGAAUACAUCAUUAAAUUCCUUGAAUUUUAUGGUAUUAAAUUUGAUGUCUCAAGAAAGAAAAUUGUUAUGGGUUAAGGUGGAAGCAUUUAAAAUAAAUCUACAUAAGAUGAUAGAUUCUCAUUGAUUAGUCCUCAAGAUUCUGAUCAUGAUGUUGGUCAUAGUAGUUAUAAAAUUAAAGAAAUAUUUAAGAUAUUCUAAAAUAGACAUAAUUUCCUAACCAAUUACAAUUUUAAACCUGGAGAAUCUGUACUUAGAUACUUAGUCAAUCCAAUAGAUCAGAAGUUUUCAUUUCUUAAGCCAGUUUGA